AUGACAAGUCCCUCCGCGGGACGUCCAUCGCGGACCGCAACGCACUAUGAGGUCCUCGACCUGCAACCAGUCCUCCUCGGCGCCGCUGAGCCUCGAGAUGCGUCUACGCUCGUCAAGCGCGCGUAUCACCGGGCGCUGCUACGCAACCACCCCGACAAGGCUGCUGAGGCCGGACGCAAGCAGUACGACGUGUGCGUGUUCACAGUGGACCAAAUCAGUGACGCCUAUGCAGUACUGUCCUCCCCGCAGCGGCGCAAAGAGUACGAUGCCGGGCUGCGCUUGUCGAGGAUAGCCGGCGGCGGGGAGGACGAGGACGCCAAAUUUCAGACGGGCAUUGAAAAUGUCGAUUUGGACGACUUGGACUUUGACGAGGCCGGACAACGCUGGUUCAGGUCGUGUCGAUGCGGCAACGACCGCGGGUACUCGUUUGAGGAAGAUGAUCUCGUCGAGUCGAGCGAGGACGGCGUGUUGCUGGUGGGGUGCCAGGACUGCAGCCUGUGGCUCAAGGUGCACUUUGCAGUAGUCGAGGAGUAA